GCUGCAGGGACGGGGUGUUCGAGAUGGCGGCUGCGGAGCGGGAGGGCUCGGCGGGAAGGAGAAGCAUAAAAGAAGCGGCCAGAGCCCGCCUGAGGGAGCACGACGUCGGCGGGAAGUUCUCCGGGCUGCCGCUGCCCAAAGCGUCCGUGCUGCUGCCGCUGGUGGUGAGGGGCGGCGAGCUGUGCCUGCUGCUGACCGUGCGCGCCGCGCAGCUGAGAAGAUCACCAGGGGAAGUGUGUUUUCCAGGGGGUAAAAGUGAAGCAGCAGAUAAAGAUGAAAUUGAUACUGCUCUCAGAGAAGCCAAAGAAGAAGUAGGACUCCAACCAGAGGAGGUGGAAGUCAUCUGUAGGCUUGUGCCUGGAAUUGAUAAAAUGAAUCACUUGGUAACACCAGUUGUAGGAUUUAUAGAGGAUACAUUCCAGGCCACUCCUAAUCCAGAUGAAGUGAGCGAUGUUUUUUUGGUGCCAUUGGAAUACUUCAUCCAGCCCUUAAAUUACAAGACCUUGCCUUAUAAAACUUCAUCUGGUUACUUAGGUCGGAUGCACUGCUUUACAUAUGAUGACCAUGAGCAUAAAAUGUCAUUCAAGAUAUGGGGACUUACUGCACACUUUGCUGUAUUUCUUGCUCUUGUAAUUUUUGGAAGGAGACCUACCUUUGAAGUUGAGUAUGAUCUUGACAACUUAGUUUCAUCUGCAGUGCAGAACUUCAUGAAUUUAUAUGCAUCAAUAUAUGAAACGAAGAAAAGUAAUCUAUGAGAUAUUGGACUGUCAGUUAAUGAAAUUUAAUGAAAUCGGUGAAAAAAGUUUUGCUUUAUUCUCUUUGUACCUGCUAUUUGAUUUAAUUUCACAUUUGCAUUUUUCAGAAUUGGGAACCUUGAAUUUUAAAAAGUUCUAAUAAGUUAAGAAGUACUAAUGAGAUUAAUGUAAUUACUGUAUCUUAAUUAGAUUAAUGUAAUUACUGUAUCUAUAUCAGGGUUGUCAAAAGCACACAGUAUUUUUGAUAAAAUAUUCGUAUACUGACUUGGAAGAUAGAGAUUCUAUUUCUGCCUUUGUCUUGUGUGACCAAAGACUUUUCUUUCUGUUUUGCCUUUCUUUUGCAUAGUGAAAUAAUACUCCUCCUUUUCUCUGCCUUUUAUCUGUUUGAAUUAGAUCCUCCAAGAUUUUUAUAUUCUAUCUAUCUCUUACUCUGUGAAGUACCACAUAUGGCAUAAUACAUAUAGUCUUGUUUAGUAUCUUUAAGCACCAUUAUGAAACGCACAAUAAAAAAUACAGAAGAUGGCA